AUGUAUCGGGAAUCAUCAUUUUCAACACUGCUGACGUCCCCCAUUAAGCAGGAGCAUUAUUGGAGCAGACAAAGAUUUCAAAAUGGUUUGAGACUUCCAUGUUGGCACCAUUGUAUUCCAUGCAAAACUGACUAUUUCUAUUCAAGAAGUACCGAAGUCAAAAGAACAUGGUAUAUCGCCGAAGACGAAUUCGCUGACUUAAAACGAGUUGAGGAAAUUGGCUUGAAGGUUGAUCGUUUCACGUAUGCGUUAGAAAUACCACCUAAAAUUGACUGGACGCGUGAAUCGAUGCUCUUCGUCUGCGUGCUUCAGGAGCCACCAGAUCCGAAGACUAAGCGAGGCACCUCCUUUUACGAAAUCCACGAAAUCCACAUUCCCCACGAGGAGGUUAACGCUCCACAUGACAAGACCUAUCUCGUUGAAAUCACCUUCGAGACUACGGGGCUUGAUCCCUUUCCACCUGGUUGUAGUCACGUAUUUGGGCAGGGUGAUCGAGAAAUGAAAGCCUGCUAUGAGAAUUUGAACAGAAGAGUGCAUCUUCCGGAGCUCCAUAACAACAACUCUGGCAUAUUUAUUCACGGGAUGACUACAGGUGAAGAACUGCAGCAGCUUCCAUACCUUCAACAGACACUUCUAAGUGGGGCAAGAUUGUUUUGUGCAAAGCAUCUUUGCGAGGUCAACAUUGUGCGCAAUAUCCUCUACAGGAACGGUACCUCCAUAGUGUUGGAUGGAUAUGGAAAAGUUCUGAAUUCAGAAACGAACAACGAAGGUAGGAAGGAAGAAAGCGAACCUUGGCGAGAUGAAAUGGGGGACACAGUGGAAAAUCCGUUUUUGCAUAUGUUCCAAUGGAUGCCGACAUUGCGGUUUGAAUUCACUCAUCCAUCCACGCCCAUUCGGGUUAUCGCCAUAUCCUUUCAGUUUAGUGCAUUAAUACACCGAUAUUUGUGCGAGUUUUGGUACUGUCGAGAUUUCAACCCGAGUAAUCAAAAGACAACACUUCGGAAUAAUGCACGCAAACGGAAGCUGAGUUGCAGCAAAUUGGCAAACCUCUUUGACGUUGUAAUCACCAAAAAUUACGAGACAAAUCUUCCCUAUCCACGUGCAUGGAAGAAAAAUACAGAACUCUAUUACCUUUCUUCGCUGCUCUCCACGUCCCUUUGGAGAAAGCAGGACAAACCUCACCAGGUCUACUUUGCUCCCGUGUUUUGCACUAGAAGUACCACGGAAACAUCUCGAGUCCAAGGUCGCUUACCCUCAAGACCGCCCAUCUAUCCCUUCCGCGGCUUGACUUUUAUGUGGUCCAUCCGCCGGAGGAAGCCUUUCACACCGACAAAGUCUACUCCCCAACUCCGUAUGCGUGAUUUUCAAGUGGCUGUCAACUCGGCGGAAAUGUCCUUUGUGCGCAUGAUCAUCAAAUGCGGAGAUACCAAUUGCACGUUGUCUAUGGAAGUUAGGCUAAACACUGUGUUAGCUCACUCAGUCUACAUUCUCCCGAGCCAAAUGUUACUCAACGAGUCGUCAUCUUCAUUCGCUCUCAUUCUUGACGGACCCGAAUUCUCUCUUUACACCGGCACCUUUGAUCGACGCCUCCGAUUAUUUCAGGAUGGUCGUCUUAUAGUUUUGGGUACCUACAGCCUUCCACAAAUGCAGCAACCGUCGGAAGCCUUCGUGCAGGCAACUGAGUUUUCGGCUUUUGCUAGCACUUUUAUCGAGACGCGGAGCGCGAAGUUCGACAUCAUUGUCAGAUUCUACAACUGGCCCGUCUACGACUUGUCAAGCGGCUCAGUGUCAAGGACACAACUGGCGUGGUCGAUGAUAUCUCAGCCCUGUCGAAAAACCGCAUUGCUUCCAUCAUUCCAUCCACCUCCAUCUGUGGAUCCUUCGAAAAUCCCCUCAAUGCCUGUUUACUUUCCAAAUGAUACGAAGAGGUUCUUUUAUUCUGCCGAUUUUCGCCUAUGUCAAUCAGUCUGCGCUGAGGCGUACAUAGUCGCUCCACAGGCGGACAGCAAUCCUCAGCAAUAUGUUUGUCUUAUUGGAGGCGGGGAGAACUCAGCACUUCCCAGCAUUAGCAACGAUAUAACGGAUCAAGUUACUCCUGACGGUCCUACCUGUCGAGUGAAGGUUGCUGAAUGGAAGACGGGAGUGGAUCUCAUUCAGUUGUAUGUUUAUCCAGUUUUCCAAGGCUGUCGUGAGUCCGUAGUGGAAUCCAUCGGAGCCAAUGAGCCGAGGUCGCAUUCUCGUGUCUGUUCGCCGGGUUACUUUUUGAGCAAAGUACCUCCACACAAGUGUGAGCCCUGCCCCGAAGAUACGUUCUCGGAUCCGGACACAGCCUCGGAAGAGUGUCUGCCCUGUCCAGAUGUGCGGAACACGACGCAACAUCUGCCUGCCCGAUCCUCCAUACACUGCACCAACCCUCAGCUUGACAGAGAACGUGAACGUCUGGCUCAUAAAGCGGUCAACUUGGUCCCCUCGGUGUUACAAGGACUUGCAAAAAAUGAAGCGAAUUUUGAUGAUGAUCAGAUAGAUAUCACCCUCACUGAGAAGGAAGUACUACAGCAUCUGGCGCCUGAUCCUCUCAAACUGCGAGAGCAAGAGACAGCGGAGAGUCUUUUUAAGGAAAUAACUCAUCUGACCUUCUCUAUUGAGGAAAUUGUCUCGAUGAUCCUGGUCGCUUUAGCUCUAGCAAUGAUGGGUGCAGUGGUCACCUUCAUACUCGGUAUUGGCAGCCGAAGAACAAUAUAUGCAUCCCGGCGAAAAACAAUUGUCAACCGGUUGCUGAAAUGGAUCAACCAACACCUGAGAGACCUCUAUCAUAGGGCAUGCUUUGCACGACGGCGCUGCAAACGACGUCACGACAGCCGACCAAGCUGGCGGAAGAGGAAAAGCGCCGCGCUUCGCACAGGAAACAUUUACCAAAUCAAGUCUGCUAAGGAGGAGGAAGAAGAGGUUAAAUUCUACGAAGAACUGCAAACAAGUCUUGUUAAUUUAAUAACCUGUGAAGAACGUCCGGUUCGACAGGAUGACAAAUCCAAAAAAGAAGCUACACGGAUGAGCGUGUACGAUGAGGUGACUCCAGCGAUUUUAACGAAAGGAAAGAAUGAACCAGAUGUUCCGGAUUACACAUUUCUAGACGUUGCCCAGUCAAAUUUAAAGCACAGCAACCAUGAGGAGGCAAAGUGUGUUCUUGGAAGAAAAAAUUUGGUAAUGGGAUUGAAGGAUGCUGCUAGAAAUCGCACAGCAACAGUUCACUGUGAGAUCAUGAGUACAAAGGUGCGAAUGUUCACAGAGCAAAGUAAGGUAAAAGGACCAGGUAGCUCAACUUAUGGCCCAUCUACCAGCUUUUCUUCUGCUGUGGACCAUGAGCGAGCUAAACUGGGGAUCAUUGUAUCGCCCCGGGAACAUAUCAAAAGACCGAUUUUUCACAGAGCUUUAAGCAAAAAGGAAUCUCAGAGGUCUUUUAAGGGCGUGAAAUUACCCCGAUACUCGCCUGCUGACAAUGUCGGUGUCAGCUUCGAUGCUGCAGAGCGAACAGCGAAUAUGAAGGAAUUUUACCUAAAGGCCGCUCUGGAGAGUGCAACUUGCCAAUUGAACGCAUUCAAUUAUUCGCACUGCCUUAACGGCGAAAGACGUGAUUGUGGCAUACAAACGCAGUACCGCGAUUCAGAGGCACAGACGGAUCCCUAUUCACCAGAAUACGUCAUUCCUCCUGGCCAAAAUCCAAAAGUUUUGCUUUUGGCGCAUCUGGAUUUUGGCAGUGGGCUGCCGGUUAGUCAAAAUGUGGUAGAACUAAUCGAACGCGCCCAAGAGAGGCGCCUUGUGGAGGCCCAGAUGGACAACCUCCUUUCAGCUUAUCGAACCCGUUUGAGGAGCAAACUGGAGCUGGAUGAAUGGCGCUACAGGGCACGUGAAAUUGAGACAUUACAGGAGAUUCGUCUGCAAGUAAUAGCUCAGUUGCUCCGUAUUCGGGAGGAAAAUCGUCAGGUAAUGAAUGCAAGGCGAGUUGACCGACGUUGGAACCGUCGACAAAAGGAGAAGUCUGAGAUUAUUGAGAAAAUUCGCACCGAAUAUGCAUCAGCGAUUAGAAAGAUGCUCUGCGUCAUGGAGCGAAAGAAUAAACCACCGAAACCGGACAAAAUCGAGCAAUAUUCGCAGCCUGGCUCGCAGGCCUUUGCUCCUCUCACGCGACUCGGUGUUUUUCACGACCGUGGGGCUGAACGCUUUAAGGUACACAGCAAAUUUCUCGACACCUAUGCAGGUCUUUCUGAACUGGAGAAAUUCAUCCCAGAAAGUGUGGUAGACGCCAAGAUCGUUGUGAAAAAAUCUACCCCUUACACUAAGGAUGGCCAUCUUAAACGGCAAUUCCGAUGGCAGGCACAGCUUGAGUCCUUGCACAAAUACAUGGAUUCUUUGGGCGCGAAAAAUAUCACUCCACCCAAACCGUUGCGUUUUCUAUUCGAAAUUGAGAAACCCGUUCCGCGUCCUUCAACUCCAUCGGUGCCUGAGAUCAAUAGGGUACGGGAUGCAGGGGAGGUUGCUGUAAUACAUUUACAAAGACUCAUUCGAGGUCGCGCGCUGCAAACAAUGAUGUACGAGUCGAGGAAGAAGCGUCAAUUACUCAUCAACGAGUUGCGUUCGACGCACGCGCUAACGAAGGAGGAGCGCGCCGAAAAGCGCCGACAAAUGCUGACCAUCCGCACCAAUCAGACGCGUUAUGAAUAUUUACAGCAUGAGAACAACCUAUCGCACGAAAUUUUGGAACGCCUGGAUUCCACGGUGCUGGGAGCGACGUUAGAUCUUCUAAGCAAGGAAUUGGAUCGGCUCUUAGUGGACCAGCGCCUCCACGAAUACGUCCAACGCGCGCGCAACGAACGACGAAUGCGUGAGAUCGAAGAAAGCAGCAGGCGACAGUGGGAGGAGCGGCGCAGACGAGAGCACGACGAGUUCUUUCGACAGGUCGUUAAAGUUCACCAGGACACAGUCGAUGGCUACUUUUCAGCUCUCAUUGCUACCGCCAUGGAGACGUCCGCCGAAUUGAAAGCCUCCAAGGAAUUUGAAAAAAUAGCUAAACUGUGGCCUGACGAAGUUUGGUGUGCAGAGCAACGCCUGACACAUGAAGAAGAGGCCGCUGAACUCGUCUACAAUUUUCUCAUUCCUGAGGUAAAUCGCCGAUGCUACCGAGAGAUGCUACAACGCCAACAACGCAAGUAUUUAAGCGCUGCUCAUCAUGAACUCUUCCACGAAGUGGAGUCGGGCCCGCUAAGCGCUAACAUUCGUCACUAUCAGGGGCUCCUAAAAGAUAAGGCAACUUCAAUGGAAGGUAUGGAGGAGGAGAAGGAUGAAAAACUAUCGGAGAUUCAAGACGAGAUAACGCUGAGCCAACUGAAAGGUCACGAAUAUGACUGUGAGGACUAA